AUGGAGCCGGCACUGGACCGGGGGGAGUGGGAGGGAUGCUGCCAGCGCUGCAAGGACCGCUUGAACUCCCUGGCCAUCUCCGUCAUGAACCAGUGGCCGGGGGUGAAGCUGCGGGUGACGGAGGGCUGGGAUGAGGACGGGCACCACUCGGAGGAGUCGCUGCAUUACGAGGGUCGAGCCGUGGACAUCACGACCUCGGACCGGGACCGCAACAAGUACGGCAUGCUGGCUCGCCUGGCUGUGGAGGCUGGCUUCGACUGGGUCUACUACGAGUCCAAGGCACACAUCCACUGCUCCGUCAAGUCAGAGCACUCGGCCGCUGCGAAGACGGGGGGCUGCUUCCCCGGCAGGGCGCUGGCAACGCUGGAGGACGGUGCCCGGACACCGCUGUGGGCACUGCGCCCGGGCCAGCGGGUGCUGGCAAUGGAUGGGGCAGGCAGGCCCACCUACAGCGACUUCUUGGCUUUCCUGGACAAGGAGCCCCGUGCCCUCACCUUCUUCCAUGUCAUCGAGACGCGGGAGCCACCCCGGCGCCUGGCCCUGACACCCACCCACUUGCUCUUCGUGGCAGAGAAUGCCUCGGCGCCUGCUGCCCGUUUCCGUCCCACCUUUGCCAGCCGCGUGCGCCCCGGACAUUUUGUGCUGGUGGCGGCAGGGGGGGGUGGCUUGCAGCCCGCCGAGGUGGUGGGGGUGCGGAACCGGAGGGACGUGGGAGCCUAUGCCCCACUGACACGCCACGGGACACUGGUGGUGGACGGCAUGGUGGCCUCGUGCUUCGCCCUGGUGCAGGAGCAACAUCUGGCACAGCUGGCCUUCUGGCCACUCCGGCUCUACCACAGCCUGAUGGGGUGGCCAGGGGCGCAGGGGGAUGGCGUGCACUGGUACUCGGGGCUGCUCUACCGCCUGGGCAGGCUGCUCUUGCCCCCUGACAGCUUCCACCCACUGGGAGUACCCUGGGCAGAGAGCUGAGGGUGUGCCCCAGCCAGCACUGCUGGUGGAGGUGGUGGCUGCGGGGCAGCUCA